CAGGGGGCGGUAGUGCGCGCGCUGCUCAGGUCAAGCCUAUCCGGAACACAGGGGAGCUCGGUCAGCGGGCGAGGGCGCAGAUAUUAUACAUAUCUAUAUAUAUAUAUGUGUUUAUAUGUAAUAAAGCAGCGCCAGAGAAGCACUAUUUUAAAGGUGUUGACUGCGCGGACUGGUGGAGGUGUCGCUCCGGUAGUUGGCGGGGUGUGAGGAGGAGGUUACUGGCUGGUGUUCAGAUGCUGCUCCCCGCGGUGCUGGGCUGCUCUCUGGGCGCUGUGCUCGGCGGGGUUCUGUUUACUGCUUACCGGCUAGGCUUGCUCUACCGGCUGUUCCACAAGGCUGAAGUAAAGAGCCCUAGGCAUGGAGGUGAGAGUGUGGCAGAGGUUCUACGAGCUCAUGGGAUCAAGUUCGUUUUCACAUUGGUUGGCGGACACAUCUCACCUAUUCUGGUGGCUUGUGAAAAAUUAGGCAUCUGUGUUGUGGACACACGUCAUGAGGCCACCGCUGUGUUUGCCGCUGAUGCAGUUGCAAGACUCUCUGGAACGGUGGGCGUGGCUGCAGUAACAGCGGGACCAGGGCUCACUAAUACAGUUACGGCAGUGAAGAACGCUCAGAUGGCUGAGUCACCUUUGCUUUUGAUUGGUGGAGCGGCUGCCACUCUGCUGCAGGGGCGAGGUGCUCUGCAGGACAUUGAUCAGAUGUCACUUUUUAAGCCUCUCUGUAAGUUCUGUGCAUCUGUGAGGAGUGUCAGGGAGAUUGUACCCACUGUAAGACGAGCUUUGGCAGUCGCCCAGUCUGGAACACCAGGCCCUGUAUUUAUUGAGUUCCCUAUAGACACUCUUUAUCCUUAUCAUGUGGUGGAGAAAGAGUUUUCUCCUAAAAGUACACCUAAAGGAAUCGUGGGAAGAAUUACUGCAUGGUAUCUAAACAACCAUCUAAUGAACCUUUUUGCUGGAGCAUGGGAAGUGGUGGACUUUUCCCCUCUGCCUGUCCAUAUCCCUCAAGCCACAGACCAGGAGGUGCAAAGAUGUGUGGAGCUUGUGAGCAGAGCUAAGAAGCCAGUGAUCCUGUUGGGCAGCCAGGCAACACUACCCCCAACUCCUGUUAAUGAAAUCAGAAAAGCUCUGGAGUCUCUGGGCAUUCCUUGCUUCCUGGGUGGGAUGUCUCGGGGGAUGCUCGGUAAAAACAGUCCUCUGCACAUCAGACAGAACAGAAGAGAUGCCCUGAAAGAGGCCGAUCUGGUGCUGCUAGCAGGUACCGUGUGCGACUUCAGACUGAGUUACGGCAGGGUGCUCAACAGACGAAGUAAAAUAAUUACAGUCAACAGAGACAAGUCACAGCUGCUGAAGAACUCUGAUAUAUUCUGGAAGCCAACGGUGGCCAUUCAAGGUGAUGUUGGGUCCUUCUUGCUGCGCAUUUCUAAAGGACUGGAAGGACAUACAUUUCCUCAAGACUGGGCUGAGAACCUGAAAGAGGGAGACAAGGCCAAAGAGAAGGCAAACAGGGCUAAAGCAGAGGAGAAGACUGAGAGGCACCUGAAUCCUCUCAGUGUCCUGCAGCGUGUAGAUGAGCUGAUGGCGGAGGACAGCAUCAUUGUUGCAGAUGGAGGAGACUUCGUAGGCAGUGCUGCCUACAUCAUGAGACCACGAGGGCCCCUCUGCUGGCUGGACCCAGGGGCUUUUGGGACCCUAGGCGUAGGAGGAGGAUUUGCCCUGGGUGCGAAACUUUGUCACCCUGACUCAGAGGUGUGGGUUGUUUAUGGUGAUGGGUCCUUAGGCUACAGUGUGGCCGAAUUUGAUACCUUCACCAGACACAAGACACCUGUAAUUGCCCUAGUGGGUAAUGAUGCUUGUUGGAGUCAGAUUUCCAGAGAACAAGUCCCCAUUCUGGGCAGUAAUGUAGCCUGUGGCCUUGCCUUUACAGAUUAUCACGUUGUUGCCCAAGGUUACGGUGGCAAAGGUCACCUGAUUGGGCGAGAGGAUGAGUCUCAGCUUGAAGACAUUGUAAAAGAAGCUCAGAGGGAAUGUAAAGAAGGCCAGGCCGUGCUACUUAAUGUUCUUAUUGGGAAAACCAACUUCAGGGAUGGGUCCAUCUCUGUGUAGUAUCUCCUAAAGCAGUGGUGUGUCAACAGUAAAGGGUAUCACAAUGGAAAAACAUGUUUUUUACUGAUUUGCUGUGUCCCAAAGACUAGGCUCAGCUACGACAUCAUAUAAUGGUGCACCAGUCGUAUGGGGCAGAACAUGGAGGUUCCAGAGUAUAGCGCUGCAGUGGCAACAGGUUUCUGGUGAUAUCAUUACAAAGCUUUGAAGACUGUGCUAUACGUGUGGUCAAGGAUUCUUGAUUAACUGUCUGCAGCCUAGACUUUGCAACACAGCUACAGUGUUUCAGGGUAUGUGGGAUGAAUAGAUGACAAAAUGGCCUUAAUUUUAAAACAGGCCCUAAAGGUUUUUUUAAUCAUUUGUUUUCAUGAGGGGAUUUUUUUAAGGGAAAAUAUUUGAAUUGUUUGCUGUUUUCUGGUAAUUGCCUGGGAAUGGAAUAAGUUGCCAUGGCUGUAUCUUGAUUCUUAUAUAAUGACCGUAAAACUAGACAAUUUUAAGCAUUUAAAUGUUGAAUUGUGGGUUUAAAACACUUUUUUUUCAGUUAGCAUAUAAACCUGUUGCUGUAAUUGUUAACAUGUAUGACAAAUUAUGAAUUAAGUGGGACUGAAUUUUUAACUGAAGAAAGUAAAAUAAAUUCAAUGCAAAACUCCUUUUGGUCAUGGUACUGUAAAUGUUUUGCAGCAUUUUGACAGUAAACAUUGCAGAAUAAUAUUACAAUGCCCCUAUGCAUAUUGUAUAAUUAAAAAUGUUGUAUUGAA